CCUCAAAGACCUGCAGUGAAAAAGAAAAAGGGCAAAGGCCAAAGAUUUUGACAAUAUAAAGUUGAGCUAAGGAUUAGAGGCAGCGUCAUGUCUUCUAGAGAUCAAAAGAAAGCAGCUGUUUAUCAGAAAUUGCGGCAGCUUCGCUCUGUUACCAACUCCAGUGCUGUGAACAAGACCUCAAUCAUUGUAGAUGCAUCAAGAUAUAUAGGGGAGUUGAAAGAAAAGGUGGACAAACUGAACCAAGAAAUUGGAACUUCACAAAUUUCAACUUCCCAGAAUCCUCUGCCUAUGCAGGUUACUGUGGAAACCCUAGAGAAAGGUUUCCUUAUUAAUGUGUUUUUGGAAAAAAACUGCCCCGGUUUGCUUGUUUCCAUAUUGGAAACCUUCGAAGAGCUUGGCCUCGACGUGCUCGAUGCUAGGGUUUCUUGCGAAGACAAUUUCCAACUAGAAGCGAUUGGAGGAGAAAAUCAAGGUAACGCUGAAGGCAUCGAUUCUCAGAUGGUUAAGCAAGCAGUGCUGCAGGCUAUCGGUAAAUGGAGUAAAACUAGCGAGCAGGAUUAAUUAGGACUUCUCUCUGUUUUCUUUUGGAUUGGAUCUCUUCAUCGAUUCCUUUGAUGGGUUGCAGUUGCAUUGUAACAACUUUAUCUUUAUCAAUGGAAGUUUUUAACUUUUAAUUCUUC